AGAUCUGUAUGUGUAGGUAUGUUUCAGUUUGAGAAUACUGAUGGAGUAACUCCAUAUCUCGAGUUUGUCGGUAUAGGCUAUAAAUCUCAAUAAUAUUAAUUCACGGAUUGAGGUUUCCGAUUCAGACUUUAUCACGGAGGGGUCUUAAUCAAAAAUGCCUGAUCAAUCUCGGUUUUUCUAGCAUUUUAUGUUGUCAGAAUUGCACUGCUCAUUUAUUUGAACUAAAACUACUGGACUCUAACAUAUUACACCCGAUUGACAAUUUGUGUUAGUUUUGUUUAUUAGAACCAGAGCUGUUUCACACAUGCGAUGCUGUAAACAGCAAUUUGCUGUGUUAGCUACCGAUUUGUAAAAUGUUCCCUUCCAACACUGUUAUCGCCUGCCGGUUAUAUGAAAUCAGCUAGUUCUGUAUGACAGCAAAUUAGAAAAGCAUACCACACUUACCAUCAUAUAUCUGGAUUCUUACACGUAUGUAAUGUCAAGAAUUAUUGCACUUCGUGAUGUCAUUGUGUAUUUGCUUAUACAGUAAACGAAACAAUCCUGCUUUUUUUUUUCAGGUGCAACAACUAUCCGUCAUCAUUCAUUUUUAUUAUUCUAAUGACUGAUCAAUAAAGCAACUCAAAAACGGUCCUUUCUUUUAAAGUUAACCUCUUGCAGGAGGAAGUUAGAUAUUGAAAUGAAAGGACAGCGACUCUUUUGCUACUGCACAGUGUUCUAAUAGCUCAGCUUUAAGACUAUGUGAAUCUUUGAUUCAAGAUGACGCAGCGCCCACAUCUUGCUGUACAGUGGCAGCAUCGAUCAGACAUUGACACAGCUGCCGUCGCACUCCAUACCUUAUUAAUGGAACUCAGUGGUUUUCUAUUGAACUUGACAAAUGAAAGGAGUGAUAACCAAGGUACUGCGCAGCAAUGCACAUCCGUGAAGUACCAUUUCUCACAACCUCUUCGCUUAAGAAACAUUCCCUUUAAUUUGACCAGAAUUAUUCAACAGGAUGAGUGGCACCUCUUGCAUCUGCGAAGAAUCACUGCUGGGUUUCUUGGCAUGGCUGCUGCUGUAUUGCUCUGCGGGUGCAUCGUGGCAAUUGUCAGCUUCUUCUGGGAAGAAAGCCUCACCCAGCACGUGUCUGGGCUCCUCUUCCUCAUGGCAGGUAUAUUUAGCACAAUUUCGUUGUGCACCUACGCAGCAAGCAUCUCAUACAACCUGUCCAGAAGCCCUUCUUUUAUCUACGGUCUUCCCAGCAACGUGAAGCACGGCUACAGCUGGUCAAUGUUCAGCGCCUGGUGCAGCCUGGGCCUGACUGUGACCUCGGGGUGCCUUUGUACCACGUACCCCUUCAUCAGCAGGACCAAGCUUAUACACUUGAAGACUGCCAGGGACUCUUCUGUGUGAAGGUUUAUCAGGAGGACGGAAUACAACAAUAUUCUGUUGUUUUUUUUAAGCAGUUAUUUUCCAAAGCUAUUUUUCUUUUUUUAUGCUUUACCUAAUGGACUUAAGUUCUACUUGAGCAGUCAUCCCUGGGUCUGUUUUCAGCUUUAUUUUUUCCAGGUAUUCCAUACUGCCAUCUGUUGGUAAGAAGGAGUAUUGUAAGUGCAACGGAAAUGCAUUGAAUGGAAGAUCCUCAAGGUUGGGCAGUUCUCAGUUGUACCUCCAGGUGGCACUCGAUUGUGACCUUAUUACUGUGUGUGACUAACAGACAACAAAACUGGCAGGCAGGCCUUACAAGUGACUGGGAAUUACAGUUAUGUUUCUCUAAUUUUGGAGUUGAGCAUAACAACCCUCCAGACUCCUGUUGGAGUAUUAUUUAACAUUGUACUGAAUAAAACAGAACAGAAAUCUAAAUGUGUUAUUAUCUAAGCAAAUGUAAUAAAAAAUGUAUUGUAUUUCCUAUUGGAAACAAUGAAGACAUACCCUACUGCUGUACAGCUUGUGUGGAAAGUGUGAUAUGUGUCUGAUCUCUUGAAUGCCUUAUUGUUCUUGUGAUCUGAUCCAGUAUUCCUUCAGUAUGUGUACAGAAUGAAACCUGUUGACGUUAUGUUACUAAAUAAAGUAACGUGACAAAAUUGA